GAAAUCUCCCUCUUCUCUUCUUUAGCUUUGUUCAUAAUAGUAGUCAUAUAAUAAAAGUGAUUCUGUCAAGAACACUUUGUAAAUUUCAGUUUGUAAUUUUCAUUUCAAGAAUUUUAGUUCUUUAAUUUCAACAAUCAAAUUCAUUUGGGAAGUAUCAGCCAGAAUCAUUCUCAGCUUAAGGAUUUCACUUUCUCUAUUCCAGCUCAUUAUUUAUGCCUUCAGGUGAAAUUGAGGAACAAGACAAUAUUUUCUAUCCAGGCGUGGAUGCAGCAAAUUUUGAGAUCAAACCAGCACUUAUCUCAUUGGUCUCAGCAAACAAAUUUGGCGGAUCAAAGAAUGAAGAUCUCACGAGCCACAUGAAGCAAUUCUUGAGAGUUCUCCCAACUCUUAAACUUAAUGGAGCCUCUGUUGAUGCUAUCAGACUUAGGUUGUUCCCAUUCUCACUGAGGGAUGAAGCAUUGAGUUGGUUGAACUCUAAACCAUCCAGUUAUUUCAACACAUGGGAGAAGUUGCAUCAAGAAUUCAUGAAGGAGUUCUAUCCUCAUGAUAUUCAUGUAAUUUCCGAUUGUAUGUUUGUAUUUUUAACUAGUUUUUAUUAUUUCUAGUUGAGAAAAUUACACACUUUUGGUGUAAUACUUUAUUUUCAUAUUUAUUUGUAAUUUGUUUAGAUUAGGACUUUUCUAAGCUAAACAGGUCAAAGAUCAUCCAAGGGAUAAAGAUUAGACCUUAAAAUAUCAAGGGAAGUGCAAGGAGGCAAGAAAGAUUUCGAUUUGGAAAAAAUACUCAUGUACUCGGUCGGGUAUUGCCUAUACCCGAUCGGGUAUUUGCUUGAUUCGAUUGUCCAAAUCAAAUCCGGGAACAAAUGAUCGUGGGAGCAAAUUUUCGUAAAGAUUCGUCACAUACCCGAUCGGGUAUGCCGACACACCCGAUCGGGUAUGCCCAGAAAAGUGAAUUUCUGGGAAAUUUCCUAAGAUACCCGGUCGGAUAUCUUAUAUACCCGGUCGGGUAUCAGACCCUACAGCUCCCAAAAGCCUAUAAAUACACCCCUUUCCUUCACAAUAAAAUCACCAAUUCACAUAUACUUCUUAGUUCAGUUUAGAAUAACAUUUCUUAUAUUUUAUAGCAUGUUUAGUCUCCAAAUGAGGAGCUAAACUUCCAUUUCUUGGUGUUACUCUUGAAGCUUGUUGAUUAUUAAAGUUGUGAGUUAUUUUCUUAAUUUCUUUCCUUGAAUAUUAAUUAAUGGUUCUUUCAUUA